GAAAAAAGAUUCAAUCUUUAUUGAUUUUGGUUGUGUGGAAGUAAGUUUUUGUGGAAGAAAGAGUCAAAUCUUUUUUGAUUUUGGUUGUGUGGGGUUGAGUUUUUUUGGAAAAAAGAUUUAAUCUUUAUUGAUUUUGGUUGUGUAGGGUUAAGUUUUUUGGAAAAAGAUUCAAUCUUUCAUUUGUUUUUGGUUGUGGGGUAUUGAGAAAUUUAGUCUAUAAACAUAAAUUUUGGUGUAAAAGGAAGGUGUUUCAUUAGGGAGAUGAAGAUGAUGGGUGAAAAUGUGGUGGAGUAUGAGAGGAAGGUAGAGGAAGAAGAGGAAAGGGAAAGGGAAAUGGUGGCGGCACAUAGGUCUCCCCAGCAACAGAUGAAGUUGGUGGUGGUAGGCUAUGCUCUUACAUCCAAGAAAACUAAGAGCUUUUUGCAGCCCAAGCUUGUAGGCCUAGCUAGGAAUAAGGGAAUACUGUUUGUUGCUAUAGAUCAGAGCAGACCCCUUUCAGAUCAAGGUCCUUUUGACAUUGUGCUCCACAAGUUGUCAGGAAGCAAGUGGAGUCGUAUUCUUGAGGAAUAUAGGCAAACCCAUCCACAUGUCGCGGUCCUUGAUCCUCCAGAUGCCAUAGAACAAAUAUAUAAUCGUCAAUACAUGCUUGAAGAUGUCGCCGACCUGAACUUGUCAGAUGGCUAUGGCAAAGUAGGUGUUCCCAGGCAAUUGGUUAUAGAGAAAGACCCUUCAUCUAUCUCAGAUGCUGUAGAUAAAGCUGGUCUUUCACUACCUCUUGUGGCGAAGCCUUUGUUUGCAAAGUCACAUGAGUUGUCUCUGGCCUACGAUAAGGUUUCUCUUCAGAAGCUUAAACCUCCGCUUGUUUUGCAGGAGUUUAUCAAUCAUGGAGGUGUACUCUUUAAGGUUUUUAUUGUAGGGGAAGCUGUUAAGGUUGUCAGGCGUUUUAGUUUACCUGAUGUUAGCAAACGUGAGCUGUCCAACAAUGCCGGGGUUUUCCAUUUCCCUAGAGUUUCAUGUGUUGCAGCAUCUGCAGAAGAAGCUGAUUUAGAUCCUAGUAUUGGUGAGCUUCCUCCGCGGCCAUUACUUGAGAGACUUGCUAGGGAACUUCGUCGUAGACUGGGUCUUAGGCUCUUCAACUUGGAUAUAAUUCGAGAGCACGGGACCAAAGACCAUUAUUAUGUUAUAGAUAUUAACUACUUUCCUGGGUACGGGAAAAUGCCAGAAUAUGAACACAUAUUUACAGAUUUUCUCCUGAGCCUUAUGAAGCAGAAAUAAAAUAUGGACAUUCUCCCGGUAUCUCAACUUGUAUAUACUAUAGAAGAGGAGGAUAUCAUCCAGUCGGUACAAGCACGAGAACUCACAUGAGUGCAGUGACUAGAAGCUCUUAGAAGCCGCGGGUGGAGAAGCACAAAGUUCAAAGAAUGUCUGAAAUGACUUCAGGCUGAAGCACCGAGUACACAAUUCUAGCAACAAAGCCUCAGGCUGAAGCACCGAGUACACAAUUUUAGCAACAAAGCCUGGGCUCUAAUUUUGUUUCUUCAAAUUUUUUGGCUAUUUUAACAAAGCCUGGAUUGAGGAGUUGAGUCCCUGGUAAAUGUUUUUUUUGGAAAGUAUUAUGUGUCUGUACCUAAAGUAUCAAUUUUUUUGCAGCCACCUUGUAUAUAUAUAUGCAUUUUGUACCUUA